AAUCGGCUGUCUGUCGUUCGUUGUGGUGGUAGUUACGUACGUAGUUACGUUACGUAGUAAGUGAACAACAGCGGCUUCUAGUUUGUUGAACUUGAACCGUGCGCCACUACCACGUAAAUACAGAAAUUCCCAUCAAGCACGCUCUGGUAGAAACAUUCACGAUGUCGGAUAAAGUUCCAGACGACGGUGUCAUCAGCAGAAGUUCGAACUUCACUUGCGGGGUGGUUGAAGGGUUCUAUGGAAGACCAUGGACCACAGAGCAACGCAAAGACCUAUUUCAAAAGCUGAAGAAAUGGGGUAUGGAUGCAUAUGUGUAUGCCCCGAAAGAUGACUACAAGCACCGAGCUUAUUGGCGUGAAUUGUACACGGUUGAAGAGGCUGAACACCUGACAGGUCUUAUCACAGCUGCCAAGGAGAACGGAAUUAUAUUUUAUUACGCCCUCUCACCAGGCCUGGACAUUACAUACUCAAGUGCCAAGGAGGUCUCAGCAAUCAAACGAAAGCUAGAUCAAGUAUCUCAAUUUGGUUGUGCGGCUUUUGCACUUUUGUUUGAUGACAUUGAACCUGAGAUGUCUGGAGCCGAUAAAGAAGUGUUUCAAUCUUUCGCUCAUGCUCAAGUUUCUGUGAGUAAUGAAGUUUAUCAGCAUUUGAAUCAUCCUCGGUUUAUGGUGUGCCCUACAGAGUACUGUGCUGCCAGAGCUGUUCCAAAUGUGACCAGUUCAGAGUAUUUGAACACUCUUGGAUCUAAGCUCCUUCCUGAAAUUGAUAUAAUGUGGACUGGACCAAAAGUUGUUUCAAGAAUUCUGACUUUAGAAUCAAUUGAAGAAAUAACUGAGGUUAUGAGGCGACCUCCUGUACUUUGGGAUAAUCUCCAUGCAAACGACUAUGACCAGAAGCGAGUCUUCCUUGGACCAUAUUCAUGGAGAUCUCCAGAAUUGAUCGGCAAAUUACGAGGCGUGAUGACAAACCCUAACUGCGAAUAUGGCCCCAACUUUGUCGGCAUCCAUACAUUGGCCCAAUGGAGUAGAUGCAAUGUAGAUGGGAAAAGAGAUCUAAGCCUAAAUGAUUCUGUCUCUGCUGAUAUAAAACUAGAAACCGAAACUGAGGAUGGUGGGACUGGUGAAGACAUACCCUCUAACUUGACUCCUAACAUGUACCAUCCGAGACGGGCCCUACGCAAUGCCAUCAAUGACUGGCUCCUUGAGUUUUCACGUUCCAAACAGGCUUGGGGACCAAUUAUGAAGCCCCAGCCAGUCAUCCCUGUACCCAUACCUGUUCCAAUUUUACCAUCCAUCAAUACAUGUAUGACGCUUACCACUACUACAACAACAGCAGCAGCAAAUUCUUCUCCGGCCACACAGACUAUUUCUUCCUCAUCAUUACUGAACCCUACUACAAUUCCGUACUCUGGAAGCUCGACUGAUGCCUCACCUAUUAUACCCCCCAAUACCACCCAAUUAGAAGCCUUGGCCGAAGUGUGUAGCACUGUUCCUAGUGUGCCGGAAAAUGUACCCAUCAUGCCAAUAACAGCCCCUGUCAUGAAUUCUUUGGCUUCUGAGAGCAAAAUUGUUGCUCUUCCUCCCCUGUCUACACCUCUCCCAUUGCCAUUAACAGUUAGUCUAGCCGGAGUCCCGUCCGUGCCAAUUCCAUUACCUUUGCCUUUGCCCUCAAAUAACGUUUGUGAGCCAAUGGACUGCAAUCCGACCCCUAAUGGUUCCCCUGCUCAUCUUGUGAAGACAGCGGCAUCAUCUACCGAAGAUAUUGCUAUGGCUGAAAAUGGCUCGGGAAGCUCUGUGGUCGUGUCUGGUAAUGGGAGCAGUACAGCUAUGCAGGUAGAUUCAACAGAUGACAAUACUAAUUUCCAGUCAGCUUCCAACACUAUGGUGGUUGAAACUGCUCAGGAUAGUGAGGUUGUCGAUGAGAACAGCUCUGAUGCAUUAAACCAAUUAUCGGACAAAGACUCUAUGACAUAUGAAGAUAUUUCUCUUCUUUGUGAUCUUUUUUACCUACCCUUUGAGCAUGGUAGUGCAGGCACACAGAUCCUGCAUGAUUUCAAUUGGCUGAAAACACAUGCCCAUGUGGUUUGUGUGAGCCACUCAAGCAAUGGCUGUGGUGCUGAUGUUGCAGAGACUGCAAUGAAGAAUCCAGAGGUUCAAGAAUGGUACGACCGGGCAGCAAAGCUUGAUGAUAUGACAAAAUCCGUAAACCAGCUUUUUUUAAAAUUGACACAUAGUCCUAAUAGGGAGCUUCUUCAUGAAAUUUAUCCUUACAUAUGGGACUUCCGUGGCAUAAUCUCAGUGCUGAAUUCGUUCAUCAAGUGGCUUGGUGGGGGUAAGUUUUCAAACAUGAUGGGGAACUUCACACCGAGCAGCUUCACAUGGUUUUCCAAAGGAUGGAAGGAAACUUUCAUGAGUGGAGAACAUGAGCCAUGGGUAUUUCGAGGAGGCCUAAUUUCCGACCUGCAGAGACUUCUACCUGUUGAUUCAGGUACUGAUUUAUUUGUUUACAAAGUACCUGAAGUACCAAGUAGCAAAAUGUACGAUAUUCGUCCUGGUAAUUUAUUGACUGACCAACAUCACAUCAGGUCGAUCUGUCAAUCAGUAUACUCCACUGCUCCUUGCGAUCAAAACCUUUUCCCAGAUCUAGUUAAUGAUAGUUUCCUUGGCUUUGUUCUGGAUGUUGAACAAUUAGUUGCCUUGGUCAUUGAAGACGAACUUGAAGUUGUAGGCUAUGCUGUUGCAACAGUUGAUGCCAAACAAUUUUACUCUCAAAUGAAGACUGAUUUCAUACCAUCCAUGCAGACCAAGUACCCAUUCCCUGAUGGCUCUUUUACUUCAAGUUUAGAUCAAGACAGGAUCAGAUGGUUCCACUCAUAUAAUGUUGAAGUUCCUGAGGCAACCAUUAUGUCUCACCCAGCAACAAUUACCUGUGGCAUUCUUCCUUCUGUGCAAGAUCCUUCUGCCCUGAAAAGGCUUGUUGUCUGCUUACUUGCAGCACUCAGAGCAAAUGGUUGUUUUGGUGUGCACAUAGCAAUUAGACCCAAUGACCAGAUUUCAUUAGAACUUUAUGGCCGUUUGGGAUUUGUGGACUUACAUCCUGGGUUGUCAAGUUCGUAUGUUAUCUUGGGAAGAUCUUUCUGACCUUGAAUCUUUGAUCUAAAAAGUCCAGUAUUUUCAAAAAUUACAUGUAUUAUGAAAUGGCUGGAUCCGUUGUUAAAUGAAACAAUGUUGUCUGUGGUGAUAUUUAUCCAUUCUUUUUUUCUGUUUGAAACGAAAACUCUAUUCAUCCUAGUCCAUUUUAUUGUUACGAGGUUCAAAUUGGGUGCAACUUUCUUUUUUCUUUUUAAAGAAAUCAUAUUUUAUCUAAUUGGAGACAUUUUACUGUUAAUGCAGCUCACUGAAGCACAUCCCACCUUUAUUUGUACUAGUACUACUUUUUUUAAUACAAAAAUCUAAAAUGUCAUUGCCUUUUUUGCCCCAUGUUUUGCUUGUAAUCUAAUUUUCACAAUUCAGUUUUUGGAUGCCUUUUCUUUAUAUGUAUCCCUUCAAUCUGAUAAGUAAAUUACCAUCUUAUUAUGGUGUAUUUCUUUCAUUUACAAGGGCUCCUGAACCUUUUUAAACGAAAUUUAACUAAAGCAGCUAAUCGAACAUUAAGAUAACUUAUUAUUGCUGUUUGUGUUGUUUUUUGUUUCAUCAUAGAAGAACUUAAUCCAAAAAGUUGUACUGCCACUAUCUCUAAUCAUUAGAGUACUUGAAACUUAUCCCUGUCAAUCAUGUGAUGUAUUCUCGGUUAUUUUAGAAGCUAUAUAUUUAUAACCGGUUUUGUUGUCAGAUCAGACCUGUUUGGGGAUCAAUUUGAUAUUCCUUUUUAUGUAUGAAACUGUACCAUCACAGAGAGGAAGGUUUUUCUUUUUAUGUUAUUGAGACUGUUUCUGUCAUAUUAGUUUGUAAUUAUGUACUUUGACUGUUCAUUUAAGAAUCAUAUAUUGCUUGUUAUGAAAAUCUAAGCUAAGCCACUUUGGAAGCACUGCAUCUUCUACGAGAUUUCCUCAACUACCCUCUUUUGGCAGAAUUGUUGGAGUUCUGUUUCGGUUCCACUUUUGAUACAUCUUUCCUUAAUCUUAGUACAAAUGCUCCUCUUUUUGUCCAAAAAUCUUACCACGUCGUAAAGAGCCCUUUUUUGUCUUCCUAUAUUUUUUCAUGAUCUUCCAUGCUCUUGAUCGUAUUCCUAAUUGCUCAAGCUAAUAAAGCUGCCGAAUGAGGCGAACUGGAGACAUUUCUUAAUUUUCAUGUUGAGUGUAAAUCUUUUUACUGUUUGUAGGUAGCCUUCUUGUGCAUUGGGCUUCUUUUCUAAAGUGAAAUCAGUGAACAUUUGAAUUCCUUCUUGGAAGAUUCAAAUAUAUUAUUGCCUGCAGUCUUUCAUGUCAUGUGUUUCGUGAAGUUUUAAGUAUCUGCAUACGAAAUUUUGGGGGUUGUAGAAUAACAAUCUCAAAUUGCAGCACAUGAGUAAUACCUUUAUUUAGUGUUUGUUUGUAAUAUAAAUAUUUAUAUACAUAUUUACGACUGAUUAAGUGAUAUUUGAGCAGUAUUUUUCAUAGACAUAGUGGUGUCUUCUUGAUUGUCAUCACUUUAUCAAUUUUUCCUGAUGGUUCCUACAUAAUGUUUGUGGUAUCUUGUGUAACUAAUAUUGACUCAUUUGUUUUGUAUGUCUUAUAUUUGUAUUCGUCAUAAUUACCCUAUACAAGAACAUGAACCCAAAUAUUAAUGCUUUUUUUUUUCUACAAAAUUGCUGUCUCUCUGAAGUGUUUGGCAUGACAAAAUUUGCAAGAAAUUGAAUAAAAUAGCUUCAUAAAA